AUGUCCAAACAAGUGACGCUGAAAAAGAAGCCUCAUAAUCGUAAAACCUCGCAAAACGUAACUUCGAUGCUAGCAACCUCAGUAUUGCCUGGCAUCACCGAAGCUUUAAAAGAAUCAGAUGAGGCACCAAUAUCACAGCCUGAACGCAGAACCCUAGACCCCAGUGAUUCUCCUAACUCCACUCUAUGAGCGAACAAAAAUAUUUUGUUCACUCAAGGAGGGGAGUUAAUUUUAUUUCUUUAAAAUUUAAAAAAAAUCCAAUUUGUAAAAAUUGAGAAGCAAAAAUUAAUUUAAUUUGCGAAAUUUAUAUUUUAAAACUCAAGCUGUUUAAAAUUAAUCAGAAUUAGCUAGAGAUUUUGUGAUAAUAAUUAUCAUUUAUAUAUAAAUUUUUUUUUUCAUAAAAAAUUUUAUAUUAAAAAAAAUUAUGUUCGCUCACAGAGGGUGGGUUUUUAGGCAAAAAAUAGGGAUUUUUCUAGUGGUUUUGUUCAUUCACGGAGGGGAGUAAGAGCCAUUCAAGCUUUCAGCAGCUUAACGAAGAAUCUCCACAUAGAUAUUCUUUUAUUGAAGAACAAAAAGGUUCAGAAACCCCUGAGUUGAUCGGGAGUGAUUCUCUAAGCAGCCAAAAUCCUAAUGAAAAUCAAUAUGAAGGUGCUCAGGAGCUUCCUACCCAAAACGAAAAAGUAGACAAUUUCACCUUUCAAAUAUACCGAGAAACAAACAAUCAAAACCCUCCUAUGAAUUUUGUAGAAAGCCAAGAAAAUCCAAGAAGCGAAAAUGAUCCCUAUGCACCUGAAAACCAUUCAAUAGAGCAGCAGGAGUCGAUAAACGAGGAUAAGUUUUCUUUUUUAACUGAUGAGUCAGUCAAAAAUUCAUCGAUCCCUCCUUCUGUUGAAGGAGAAAUUUCCUCACUCCCCCCCUUUAAAUUGGAACAAAAUAUAGGUAACAUUUCCACUUUUUUGGUAAAUUAACCCCCUUUAAAUUGGAACAAAAUUUAAUUUUAUAAUAAAAAAUUUUUAUAUAUAUAAAUCAUAAUUUUUAUGUAAAAAGUUUCGAUAUAAUUUAAAUGUUUCUUCUUAACUAAAAUUAAAAAUUUAGUUAUAUCCUGCUCUUGUUUAAUGAAUAGAGUAUAAAGAGCAUCUUAUUUAAAUAAAUUUAUUAUCCUUAAUUGUAAAUUUUUAAAAAAAAAUUUUCAAAAAAAAAUUUUAUUUUUUUUGAUAAAAAUGAUAUUUUUUAUAUAAAUAGCUUUGAUAUAAAUCCAAUACGAAUUCUUUACAAAAAUUCAAAAUUUACUUAUCUCUUGCUUUAUUUUAAAGAAUAUAGUAUAAAUAACAUCUUAUUUAAACAAAAUUAGCACUUUGAUCGAUAAAUUUUCUAAAAUUUUUUUUUAUCAAUAAAAAUAAUAAUUUUUGUGUAAAUAGUUUUGAUACCAAUUAAUAGUGGCGCAUUAAUUAAUAAUAUAAUUUUAGUUAUAUCUUGCUUUGUUUUAAAGGAUAAAGAGUAAAUAGCAUUUUAUUAAACAAAUUUAUUAAUCUAAUUCGAUAAAUUUUUGAAAUUUUUUUUUUUAUAAAAAAUUUUAUAAUGAUUUUUUUUAAAAAAAUUUUCUUAACCCCCCCUUAAAUUGAAACAAAAUUUUUAGUUCCAAUUUAAAGGGGGGGGAGUCAGAGGAAUCAGAAAGCAAGUCUAAAAAUUUAGAGAAAAAGAAAAAAGAAAAGGUUGAAAUUGUACAGCAGCCAAUUAUUGUUAAAGAGAAUUCGCCUGAGCUGUUAGAGGACAUAUCAGAAUUAGAAAAAAUUUUAGAGCCACUUGCAAAUCUGAGUUUCCAGUGUGACCCAAAUAACCAAAAAAUAUAUGAUGAAAUUAUUCGUUUUCGAAUGAAGGAUCCAGCAUUCCAAGGGAUCAAAUUAGCAUUAGAUAAAUUUGUUAACUUUCCCAAUAUAAAAAAAUAUAUAUAAAAAUAUAUAGAAAAAUGAUGAAAAAUUAAUAGAUGGAUGGUAUAAGCAAAUUUUAUGUAAAAGCUGUGGACAAAAAGUAGUAGAAAUCCAGUUAGAAUGCUCACAUCAAUUUUGUGUAUCUUGUGCUAAAAAUAGAAUAGGGGAAGCCUCUAACUGAAAAUUCCUUCUCUCUGACUUAGAAAUAGAAAGAUUUAAACCAUCUUGUCAAGUAUGUGGAGAAAUAUAUACGAGGCAAGAUAUUAUAACUAUAAUAAAGCCAGAAAUUGAUGAACUUAUAGCUGGCACAGAGAGUGAUGCAUGGAGAGCUUGCCAUACUUGUGGCAUUAAAAAAGAAGUCAAAGAUUUCUACAGUGAUUCAUGUAAAGAAUGUUAUGCUUUUGAUAGAUUAGAUUAAGUUAAAUUGCAUUGAGUCUCUGGAAAUUAUUUCAGCCCAAUCCGUCUUAUGCCGGCUUCAGGCUUAAGGUCGCCCUAAUACGCUGGUAUUACACCACGCCUUUUCUUGUCGAUGUUACCGAAAAUGACUCAACAGUCUCUCGGGGAGACCUCUUACACUUUCUCUAGCCCUGACUGUAGACCACUCUGAGAUAAGGCCAGGGUGGCCUUAUCUCAGAGUGGUCUACUAUUAUAAGAAAAUUGAUUUUUUAAUAACUUCCCCCCCCCCCUCCGUGAGUGAACAAAAAAAUUUUGUUCACUCACGGAGGGGGGUUAAUUUUUUUUUUUUAAAAAAUUUAUAUAUAAAUUUUAUAAAAAAUAUUUUUUUUUUCGAAAUUUAAAAAAAUCCUAAUUCGCAAAAAUUGGAAAGCAAAUGUUAAUUUAAUUUAUAAAAUUUAUGUUUUAAAAAAGCAAUUCGUUUAAAAUUAAACAGAAUUAGUUUUAGAUUUCAUUAUACUAAUUAUCACUUAUAUAUCAAAUUUUUUUUUCCAUAAAAAAUUUUUCUAUUAAAAAAAUUUUUGUUCACUCACGGAGGGUGGGUUUUUGGGCAAAAAAUAGGGAUUUUUCUAAUGGUUUUGUUCACUCAUGGAGAGAGGGGGGGAGUAAGAAAAUAACAUAUUUUAUUAGUAAAAUUUUAGGUGGCCUUAUCUCAGGGUGGUUAGCAUUAAAAAAAAUAUACCACUCUGAGAUAAGGCCAAGGGCAUUUUUAUAACAAAUAAUAAAUGAAUUACUCCCGAAAAAUUUAAAGAGAAGAAGAGAUAAUUGUAAAAAGCUUGAAAUUAUGCAAUCUAAAAAGGCAAGAAGGAGAAAAUAUUGAAUUUGAUCAUUGUCCAAGAUUUAAAGAUUUAAUUUUAUAAAAAUAUUUUUACUUUAAUUUGAUUUUUUUAUACCACUCUGAGACAAAGAAUUUUCUUAGUGUUCAGGGUAUGAGGAAGCACCAAUACCUUCAUCUGGGCUACCUUGCCUUUACUAGAGUAUCAUUACUUCCUAGAAGUGAGAACUGGCUCUUCGCCUUCGGUUUCUUGCUUGUGAAUCAAGGAGAAAAUUCUACAAUGGAUUAUCAGCCAAGGAAAACCCACCCCAGACUCCCUAAAAGCUAUAGAAUUCACUUACCUAAGUUUUGGAUCAAUUCACCAGUCACCUCGACCUAGCACUACUCUCCAUCUUUAAAAACUCCUUCUGAUAUAAGAAAUGGAAAAAUUAAAAAUCAAGACCAACAUACCAGUCACUUUAUCGAAGAAAAAGGAUAUUGCCAUGGCUGCAAAACAAUAAGAUAUUUUGUAGGCGAUUGUUUGACGUCUGUUUGCUGCUAUAAUCACAUGCAUUGCAAGAAUUGUUUGGAACAAGAUUUACAAAAAGGACGCUGCUUGACGUGCAAAACGCCGCUUUCUACUGAAAAUAGCUAUAAAAUCAAUAAAGUUUUGAAAGGAAAAUGCGUUUCUUGUAAUGAAGAAUGUGAUAGAGAAAUAUUGAUCCCUAAAAGCUGCUGCCAGCAUAGUGUAUGCUCAGUUUGCCAAAUAAAUUCAGCUUUAACUACCUGUCUGGCCUGCAACGCUCCGCUGUCUUCUCGCAGUUGCAAAUUUAUUGAUGAAUUAAAACAGUUAGCUAAUUAA